UUGUGCUACCUAGCUGCCGUGAACACAAAUCGCGAUGGCCACCGAGACGUUGGUCGGCGACGUGGACUUCGAGGGCGACGUCAUCACCACCACCAUCACGUCCUCCGGCGCCGCCGUGGCCGCCUGGCUCCGCAAGAUCCGCUACGUCUACCGCUGGGUCUACCACAAGCUCAUCGUGGGCCUGGACGUGGAGUGGCGCCCCAGCUACAGCCACGCGCAGAACCCCGUCGCGCUCCAGCAGCUCUGCGUCGGCCGCCGCUGCCUCAUCUUCCAGCUCCUCCACGCCGACUACUUCCCACAGGCGCUCGUCACCUUCCUCGCCGACCCGGACUUCCGCUUCGUCGGCAUCGGCGUGCAGGACGACGCCAACCGCCUGAGUAACGACCACGGCCUUGGGGUCGCCAACACCGUCGACCUGCGCCACCUCGCGGCCGACGAGAUGGGCAAGCCGUGGCUCCGCCAGGCCGGGCUCAGGGACGUCGCGGACGCCGUCAUGGGGGCCAGCGUCGACAAGCCGCACAGCAUCACGAUGGGACCGUGGGACGCCUACCGCCUCUCCGACGAGCAGAUCAAGUACGCCUGCAUCGACGCGUUCGUCUCCUUCGAGGUCGGCCGGAAGCUCCUCACCGGCGACUACUGA